CGUCGUGCUGGGCUGGGCUGGGCUGGGCUGCCCCACACUCAGCCGCCCCUGGGGGGCCCAGGAGAGUGGGUACCAGGGGGUGGGGGGGUCCGCUAAGGGUUAACAGCAGCUCCUGUUUCUGGCAGAGGGAGCCUGUCUCUGCAGCCUGGUCACCCAGCCGAGAUGGAGCCCCCGGACCAGCCAGUCGGCCUGGGGCGUGAUCCGGUGUACGAUGUCCCAGACCCACACGUCUUCCCCCAGCCCAGGCCAGCCCGGGGGUCUCUGAACAGCGUCAGCCUCCUGGAUCGCCUGCUCCUCACCCAGUCUGUCUGGCUGCAGCUGAGCCUCAAUUCUGCCACCGCCCUGCACAUCCUGCAGCGUGAGCCCCCCGGGACAUUCCUGGUGCGCCGAUCGAACACACACCGACGCCGGGUGCUCUGCUUGCGCCUCCUAGAUGACUUGGCCCCGGCCUUCGUCGCUAGCUACUGCCUGCAGGAGAGAGCAGCCGGCAUCUCCCUGGAGGGCUCAACCCAGAGCUUCCCAGACAUGCUGCACCUGGUGGCCUCCUACUGCCAGAGCCGGGAGGUUCUCCCGGUCACCCUGCGCCUGCCGCAGCCCAUCCAGCAGGCGGUGUCGCACAAGGAACUGGAGGCCAUUUCCCACCUGGGGCUCGAGUUUUGGAGCUCUUCUCUCAAUGCCAAGGACCCCCUGGAGUCGCCUGAGCCCCAACUCUGUGAGGAUGCUGCCCCUGCAGCUGGCCAGCUGGGUGCGAUCCCCACGCGGAGCCCAAGGGAGCUGGACUGCGGCCUGGGCAACGGGGCGCUGGGCUUCCUGAACCCCCUGUUCCAGGGCAGGGAUGGGGGCUCACGGCGGGACGACUUCAAGCGCAGCAUUAAAGUGCGGGUGUCCACCGAGACCUCCAGCCCUCUCUCACCUCCCCCCAAGCCACCGCCCCCCAUCCCUGCCAGCCAGACAGGGAUGUCCCCCACCCUGCGCCAGGAACCGGGCCAGUACUCACCGCUCAGCACGUCAGGGUAUCGGGUUCCCCAGCGGGCUGGGGAGCCUCUUAAUCCCGAGCCAGCCAGGAGCAGCCUCCCAUCCCUGCAGGAGCUGGACAGUGGGUCCCCCAGUGGCUCAGAGAGCGAGGGGGGUGGGGGUCCACGGGCCCCCUCACCUCCUGCCCAGCGCCGCCCCCGUGCCCCCCUGCGCUGCAUGAGCGAUGCCGUCUUGGCAGUGCUGGCCCCUGAGAAACAGCUGUCACGGGCCGUGGAGGGGCUGGCGCGGGACCGGAGCACCAGGCUGGGAGCCAGCGUCCAGGAUUUCCUGACCCUAGUGAGGGGUGGCGGGGGGGAGUGGCAGUCCAGCCACGAGCUGCUGAGCCCCAUCCGGACCUUCCUGACCCACACCAAGGCCCAGCUGCUGCAGAGCCCAGCCCUGGAGCUGCCAAGCCCCACGCUGCUGCCUGACCACAGGCUGGAUGCUGUGCUGGAACGGGCCCUCCAUCGUUGUGUGCUGAAGCCCCUCAAACCAGUGCUGGCAUCACGGCUGUGCCGGCGACGCAUGGCAGAUGGGUCCCUGGGCCAGCUCCGGGAGAACCUGCGGCUGGUGCGGGAGCGGGGCCCUGGUGCCUUCCCGGCACGGGCGACGCUGCCUAGCCCCCCUGACACCCAGCGGGCACGGCGCAAACUGCUGCAGCUUCUGCGUGCCUAUUCGCCCAGCACCCAGGUGACACUGCUGCUGCAGGCCUGCAAGGGUGUCUACCGAGCCAUGGGGGCAGCCCCGGAUGGGAGCUAUGGGGCGGACGAGUUCUUGCCAGUUCUGAGUUUCAUCCUGGCUCAGUGCGACCUGCCCCAGCUGCUCAUGGAGGCUGAGUACAUGAUGGAGCUGAUGGAGCCCAGCCAGCUCCUGGGCGAAGGUGGCUAUUACCUGACCACUCUCCAGGCCAGCCUGGCCCUGCUGGAGCAUUUCCAUGAAGAGGAGCCAAGGGAGCUGCACCCCGAUGUACAGAGAACCCUGAGCUGGCAGCGCCCGUGCCCCCCAGGGCGGCCCCCUGGCAGCCCAUGCCAGGACCCACAGCCUGAGAAGACCCAGGCCCCCUGCAGUGGGUGCCACUCCACCACGCCUGCUCUGGGAGCCCAGGGGACGGCAGAGCAGCUACGGGGGCACCCCACAGACAACAGUCUCCCCCUGCACCCUGAAGGACAGCGCCAGCCCCAGGAGCACCCAGCCCAGCACCGCCACCCCGGGGAGAUGGGACCCUGGCCAGGACCCCCACACAGGCUGCUCCGCGAAGGGGCUGUCGACCUGGAUGAACCCCUCUGACCUGGGAUGCCUGGUUCUGUCCCAGAUCUAGGAGGGGAGUGGGACCUAUAGGUUAGAGCAGUGGGCCUGGGAGUGAGAUCUCCUGGAUUCUAGUCCAAGCUCUGCUGUGACUGGCUUUAUGACCACUUCCCUCUUGGUGCCUCAGCUUCCCCCUUCUGUAAAACAAGGCGAAUAAGACCUGCAGCAGUGUGGAAGGAAUGUCUGUCCCCGGUAGCCCCUCCCUGUUCCGGGGGGAGGGGUGCUGGGGGAGCCUUUUCCUCACUUUGGGGGUGGGGCAGGGAGUAUCUUAGCUUGUGACAAUCACUCCUGGCUUGAAUAAGAGUCAGUUAAAUGCCGAAAGAGAGGGAGAGAGAGAGACUCUUUCUCUCGUGACACAGAGGAUCAAUGUACAUACACCAGGGGGAUUUGCUGGCCCAAAAACCUCUUCUGCUGAUGUUAUUUUUAUAGGGCCUACUUUAUUAAAUAUUUUUUAGGGGGGAAAUUCAUUUUUAUUUUUUAUUCUCCCAAAAGCGACACGGCCUGGUUUGUCUGAGGCCUCAAAUUUACAAUUUGUUCAUAUAUUAAAAGAAAAAGGAGUUCUGUAACAAAAUGCUCUUGUAUCAAUAUUAUUGUAGGGCCUACUUUAUUUGCUAUUUGUAAAAAAGAUUUACUUUGUUCGAAGAGUGGCAUUCUUUGUUUUUAACUCAAGUCUGUGGUUUUUUUUUUAAUUUCUGAAGCUUCAAUAUAUGUUUUUGAUAAAUACAACACUCUGGAACACGAAACUCUCCUGUGGA